CAACACAGAUGGAUCCCAUGGCGAGACAUGGUGUGAUGAUGAUCUUCAUGGCCUCUUUGGUGUGGAUUAAAUGUUCAGCAGCACCAAUGGAGUGCCACUUCAACUCUCAAGCUCUGUGUGAGUAUGAUGGGAAGCAGUACUCUAUGGGAGAGAGCUGGAUGGAGCAGGGCUGUGUGCAGUGCACCUGCCUGCACCCCGUGGGAGUGGGAUGCUGCGAAACUGUGCAUCGGCCUGUGGACUUUCCUCCCUGGUGUGAAGUUCGGGUUGAAUCUCUGACCUGCCAGGUCACACUGGUGAUGACCUCUGAUCCCCGCCUGCCCUGCAUUCCUGGAGAAGAGAACAAUAUUGAUCCAAGACAUGGAGCACUCAACAUGAAACUAGAAGGUUAGCAUGGAGGAAGACUUCAAACCACAAUUCACCUGCCUGUCAGCUAACAUCUGUCUCACUAUUACGUGAGGUGCAAUAUUACUUCUAUAGCACUUGUAUUCUCAAAGCAUAACCAUUACCAUUUAAGUUCUCAGUUUAAAGGAAAAUAGGAUGUGGUUGACAUGUAUAGCAUGUAGGAGAGGAAAGCAUUCUUUUAUGCAUUUGAAUAAUGUACUGGAGAGACAGAUGGGAAGUUUUAUAUUUGUUUGGAAUGUUACGCAUUGUGUAUAUUAAUUUGUGCUUGUUCUACCAUGCUAUUAUCACAUCACUAUAACACAAACUAUUAGCACCGUAUGUCCUGUUAUUAUCUCUUUUACAGCUCAUUGCCUAAAUAGCCAAGAUAUUUUUUCAUGGAGUUCAGGGAGCAAAAUUAAAUGUGUAUUCCCUGUUAAAUAGUUGUAACAACAACAACAACAAAAAACUCUUUAUGAGAC